CGCGUGCACGGGUGUCAUUCUCGUAGCCGCAGGCGACUGAAACGGCUAAAUCUGUUUUCUAAGAUUUCCCCUUCCGCCGGAGUCCUGCCGUGACACGACCGCCUUUCAAAAAGUCACAAGUGUGGCGGCGAGAAAGGGGCCGUCCGGGUGUGGGGGGGAAAUUGCGGCCCGCGUCAAAAGUGCUGAGUGCGGUGCUGUGGACAGGAAGAAGGAAGUAACGCCGCAAGAAUGUCGAUGCUUGCUGGGAUUGUUUAGUGUCGUGUCUUAGACUGAAAACACGGCGACCACUCAAAGCUGUCAAACCGCUUUUGAAAUAACCGGCUCCGGAACUCCCGUGACCCUGGUGAGGUUAAGCGGCUCAGAAAAUUCGUCUUUCAGCCCACAACUGACGUAUCAGAGACACGAUCGUACCUUUUACACAGCCGAGUGGGAAGUUGCCACGACUUGCAUUUUCACAAGGGUGAAAAGAACAAUGGCUUCGACGUGCUGUACCACAACAUGAAGCACGGGCAGAUUUCCUCCAAGGAGCUGACCGACUUCAUCAGGGAAAGGAGUGUCAUCGAAGAGGCCUACGCCAGGUCCAUGACCAAGCUGGUCAAGACGGCCGGGAACUUUUCUCAGCUCGGGACCUUUGCGCCGCUGUGGGAGGUGUUCAAGGGUUCCACGGAGAAGCUGGCCAUCUGCCACAUGGAGCUGGUGCGCAAGCUGCAGGAGCUCAUCAAAGAGGUGCACAAGUACGUGGAGGAGCAGGCCAAAGCGCACAAGAAGACGAAGGAAGAGGUGGCCUCCACCCUGGAGGCCGUGCAGAACAUCCAGAGCACCGGCCAGGCCUUGCAGAAGUCCAAGGAGAACUACAACGCCAAAACGGUGGAGCAGGAGCGCCUGCGCAAGGAGGGGGCGACUCAGAGAGACGUGGACAAGGCGGGAAUAAAAGCCAAAAAAGCCACGGAGACCUACAAGUCGUACGUGGAGAAAUACGCCUACGCCAAGUCUGACUUUGAACUCAAGAUGGAGGAAACGGCGCAGAAAUUCCAGGACAUUGAAGAAAGCCACAUCGUCCACAUGAAGGACAUCAUCAAGUCGUAUUCGCUGUCUGUGGAGGAAACGCACCUCCAAAUAGGAGAGGUCCACAAUGAAUUUGUGAGAAAUGUGGAGAACACCUCAGUGGAGAGCUUAAUACAAAAACUGGCUGAAAGCAAAGGAACGGGAAAGGAAAGACCAGGGCCCAUUGAGUUUGAGGAGUGCAACGCUGCCAUCGCGACAGAAGUUGCCAAACCCAGGAGGAGAAAACCAUUUGGCAUCCCGGGACGCAGGAAAGACAAAGACACAGAUUCCACGGAAUCCACCGAGGCAGAAAGCAACGCUGCCAACGGCGCUCCUCCCGGAUACUACGGGGCCAUAGACAUUCAGAACACUAAUGUUCCGCGAGUCGACGACGAGGGCUUCUGCAUCCCGCCGGACGCCAUGGAGAACGAUGCCAAAGAGAACUCCUUCUACUCAUCCAGCGACUCGGAGGACGAGGACGAGCCGCGCAAGUUCCACGUGGAGAUCAAGCCCGUGCAGCCCAACGACGACGCGCAGCAGAACCGCGCCACCCUGGACGAGCUCAAGGCCUCCAUCGGCAACAUCGUCCUGUCGCCGUCCACCUCGGGCCAAAUACGGCGGAACCAAUCCAGCGAUGAGCUGGCCAAAGGCAGAGUGCCCCCUUCGUACGAACUGACCAACAACGACCUCUUGUCCCUGGACCCGCUCAGCCCGUUCCUGACCGCCGCCCCCUCCCAGCCCGCGUCCACGUCGGCAGACCUUGCCUGUAUUGUCCUCUCAUCUCCAUCUUUUGUGACACAAGAGUCGCAAGCAGCACCAGCGCCCAACCGGCCGACGACCCCGCUGACGGCGGGCGCGCUGGUGCCGCCGCCCCGGCCCUCCUCCCGACCUAAACUCCCCGUGGGAAAACUGAGCGGCAUCAACGAAAUUGCGAGACCCUUCAGUCCGCCCAAGGCGCCCGGCGCCAGUCCGCCGCCCGCCGCUCCGCUGGCCCGCACCGAGAGUUCGUCUUCGCUGUCCUCGAACGCCUCGCUCAGCGCCGCAAACACGCCUACUGUGGAAGACGACACGUUUGUCUCCAAGCUGCCGACGUUUGAGAGGCGAUGUGAGACUCCUGCAGGCACGUCGCGCGGCCCCAGCCCCGUGACGCUGGCGUCCCAGGAUGCUUUGCCCAUCGCGGUGGCCUUCACGGAGUCGGUCAACGCCUACUUCAAAGGUGCCGACCCCGCCAAGUGCAUCGUGAAGAUCACCGGCGACAUGACGCUGUCGUUCCCUUCGGGCAUCAUCAGGGUGUUCACGGGCAACCCCUCGCCGGCCGUGCUUACCUUCGAGUUGAAAAAUACGGGCCGGCUGGAGCAGAUCCUCCCCAACCAGCAGCUUCUCUUCAGCGAUCCGUCCCGGAGCGACUCGGAGUCCAAGAACUUCUGGUUCAACAUGCAAGCGCUGACCGCCUACCUCAGGAAAGCCUCGGAGCAAAAUCCCGCCGCCUCCUACUACAACGUGGACAUCCUCAAGUACCAGGUGCAGUCGGACGGGAUCCGCUCCACGCCGCUGAACCUGGCCGUGUACUGGAAGUGCGCGACCAACUCCACGGAGCUGCGCGUGGACUACCGCUACAACCCGGACUCCAUGGCGGCACCGGGCCCGCUGGGCAACCUGCAGGUCCUGGUGCCGGUGGACGGGGGCGUCACCCACAUGCAGUCGCUGCCCGUCGCCCUCUGGAACGGCGAGCAGAAUAAAUGUCUGUGGAAGCUGAGCGACAUUUCAGAGAAGUCUGAAAACGAAGGCGCCGGGUCUCUGCGGGCCAAGUUCGAGGUGUCCGACGGGCCGUCCACCCCCUCCACGCUGGCCGUUCAGUUCCUGAGCGAGGGCGGCACCCUGUCGGGCGUGGACGUGGAGCUGCAGGGCGGCGGCUACAGGCUGUCGCUCAGCAAGAAGAGGUUUGCCACAGGUCGCUACAUGGCAGAUUGCUGAGGCUGUGACGAUGGGAAAGGGAGAGAGAGAGAGGGGGGGGAUGGUUGGGGGGGGGGUCAAAAAAAAUUCAAAAAGCCUUAACUCACUUUCACCCCACCCACCCCCGCCCCCGCCCCCGCCCCCGCCGCUUGGAAUCACUACAAUAAAGCAGCACUGAGUACUCAACACUGUUAAACGCAAAGGUGAGCUUUUCGCGGGGGUUGGCUCGGCAUACCUUACGGAUUCAUCCAAAUCAUCUUUGUAUAUUUGAAAUCAUAAAAUCAGGAAGAUGAAAAAAAAACUAACAAUCUUUUCAGGCGCUCUUUUGUAUAUUUUGUGUAUUUUUGUUUUUUUUUUUUUCACCGCGACUCCGCACAAAAAAAAUCUCGAUGAUUAUUUUGUCUUUAUUUGUGCAAUGAAGGAACGCGUCCGUUUCAUCGCACGAAAAGAGGGAUGGAAAGAAACAAAACAAAAAACGGGACCUCAGUGCCUCCUCGCCGGUUUUAUUUCCAACGCACGUUCGGGUUUCAGGGCUCUUUUGUCGACGUCCUUUUUUUAAAUGUUUUUUUUUUUUUUUUAACCAACAGCAAAAACGUUGCGAUGCUUUAAAAAUGAAUUUGUAGCCUUUCAGCGAAACUUGAAGAUUAUUUUGCCUCAUAUGACAUUUUGUGGCCCCCACCCCACCCGCCUCGUCAGCCAACAAACAAAAACGUGCCUGAACGAUAGCGCCACCUGUUGCUAGGAUGCCGAAGGGAAGACGUCUUCCGCAAAAUACAUUUUUUUGUUUUUCUUUUCAGUCCGAAUGCCGGCUAAAACCGCGUCGUCGUUUGUGUCCCAUAACCUGAAGAUUUCUUAUUUUUUCAUUUUUGACCAGUGAUGGCUUUUGUCUAUCUUGGACAAAAAAAAAAAAAAAAAACAACAUUUCUAAUCGACCGAUGGGCCUCGUCCGUUGCGGCGUCCGCCAUUUUGAAGCGCCACUUUCAGCAAGCUGGUUCUUGCUCGCCCCGAACAAUAAACGAUAUUAACUGGAAAAAUAGAAAAAAAAUGAAAAAAAGAAAUUCUAUUUACGAGCCUCCAUCUUUGGUCACUUUUUUUUUCUUUUGUUUGUAUUUAACAGAUUUCCCUUUUUUUAAGAAAAAAAAGGAAAUUUGUGUAAAUGAUUCUUAUAAUUUGUACAUUUUUUUUUUUUUUUACACGUAUCAGCCACUUUGUUUCUCUGCAUAAUGAUUUCUCACUGUGCCUGUAUUAAAUGUGUAAUAUAUGAAUAUAUACAAAUAUAUGAAUGACUACUUUGA